UCCAUGGUCCACUGUUUUGCACUGAAACAUGUAGACGACCACCCUUUCCCAUCCGCCAAUGGUUGGCAUGAAACGAGGUCUGGCUUAUGCCUUCGUGUCGAUUAUUAAAGUCCUUUACUCCCACGGUAUAAUAAUUAAACCUUCCGAUAACGAAUACAACUCGGCUACCAUGAGCAAGGCCAUAUAUAAUAUUAUAGGGCUCUGGGGACAACUUACCAUACUGAAGAGUAGGAGCAAGGAGACAUUGAUCGAGUGAUGGGGGGCUACCAGGGCCUCCACAGUGAAGAUAUUGUUAACCCUCUUGGUGAUAGUACAAUUUCACGAAAGGAUCGACUCGAGUCGGUGUCGGGGAAAA